AUGAAAAAUUCAAGUUCAGUAGAUGUUUCAUUCACUGAAUUGAUCAAAUCCCUGAUGCAGACUGACCCUGCUGCAGCAGCUGCAUGUAUUAAAGAAUAUCUAGAAAAGAAAAAUAAUACACCACUAAACAUCGCCAUCACUGGAGAAUCUGGCGCCGGUAAAUCCACUUUUAUUAAUUACUUCAGAGAAAUGACCAACAACGAUGAAGGAGCAGCUCCUACUGGUUGUACAGAAACCACCUUUGAAAGCAGCCCAUAUCCUCAUCCAAAGUAUCCUAACGUUGUCUUAUGGGAUCUUCCUGGGAUUGGAACCACAACUUUUCCAGCUGACGAAUACCUGAAGAAAAUGGGAUUUGAGAAGUUUGAUUUCUUCAUCAUCAUCUCAGACACUCGCUUCAGAGAAAAUGAUGUGAAACUUGCUAAGGCAAUUCAGAAGAUGGAGAAGAAGUUCUACUUUGUUCGCUCAAAGAUCGACAGUGAUUUACAGAAUGAGAAGAGAGGUAAAAAUAACUUUAACGAAGAGGAGACUCUGAAAAAGAUCAGAGAAUACUGCAUUCAAGGUCUUCAGAAAGAAGGAUUUGAGUCUCCACAGGUCUUCCUGAUAUCCAAUUUUGAUCUCCACCUCUAUGAUUUCCCUCUGUUACAUGAGACCUUAGACAGAGAACUUCCUGAACACAAGAGACGUGCUCUUCUGAUGGCCAUGCCAAACAUCAACCUGGAGGUUAUAAACAAGAAGAAAGAGUCUCUUCAGUCUCUUAUAAAGUAUUAUGCUGCUGCAUCUGCAGCUGGAGCAGCUGUACCUGUUCCAGGUCUUUCUAUAGCGGUUGAUUCGGCCCUCAUAGUUCAAGCUGUCACAACAUUUGUUGUCAGUUUUGGUCUUGAUGUCAAAUCACUUGACAAACUAGCUGAUGGCACAGGUGUGGCAGCUACUGAUCUGAUAAAAGAGAUCUUGUCACCCCUGGCUGCAGUAGAAAUAACCCCAACUCUCAUCCUGAAUUUCUUAGGCCAGUUGGGAAGUGUUGUUGGUUUAAUGGCAGGAGAGGAAGUGUCCAGGUUCAUUCCAGUAUUUGGAACCUUUAUAGCAAUGGGGCUUUCUUUUGCAGUAACCUACAAAUCACUGAAUCAUAUUCUUGACAAACUUGCUGAAGAUGCACAGAGGGUUUUUAAAAGAGCUCUGGGUUUGAACAGCUCAGUGUGA